UGCUCUACAUGCCAUACCACCACACCAAUAUUUUUAAGAAAGGGCAAACAGUAUACAGAUAUUGUAUUUUUAAAAGUGGAUAUAGAUAAAAUAUCAGAGUUGGAUUUGUGUAAAGAAAUUACAGGUAUACCAACAUUUAAAUCAUAUAGAAAUAAAGUUAAAGUAGAUGAAUUUACGGGUGACAAUGAGGCACACUUGGAAAAAUUAAUUAUUGGGUUGGAUGGGUAG